AUGUAUGAUUCUGGUGUGAAAUUAGUUAAUGACUAUACGAUUAUUCAUUCUGGAUUACCAUCUGACAAUAAAACUAGAAAUGCACAUGGUGUGGCCAUUUGUCUUGACCAGACAGCCGCAAAGGUUUGGAAGGAUUCGGGCUCUGAAUGGGAGGCAAUCUCUGAAAGAAUUCUGAAAAUUCGUCUAAAGUGUUCUCCAAUUCAUAUGACUGUUAUCUCUAUUUAUGCUCCUGUAAAUCCAAGUAAUAACUUGAUGGCUGAUGCGUGUGACAAAUUCUAUGAGGAUUUACAAGAAACUGUGAAUAAAAUUUCAAAGGAAGAUAUGGUAGUGAUUAUGGGUGAUUAUAAUGCACGGGUAGAAGAAAAACAAACAAAUGUAUGUCAAUGUAUUGGGCCUUUCACAGUGGACAAAGAUUAA